AUGGAUUACGCAUUUGAAGCGGAGGAGCUGGAAACCACUGAAGUGACAUCUUGUUACUUGGAGGGGACUUUGGCUUUGGAAACCAAGGUUUCAUCCUUUACUCAGCAGCAUCGAGUUUCAACUCGAAAUUUGGAAAAAAAUACGGGAGGCAGCAUUGUCUUUGAUAACGAUCUCGAGGGGCAUGUGAAUAGGAUAACAUUUAAGCAGUCAUGCAUGCUAGAAAAAUCGACUUGCACCGAAGAAGUAGUGGAUCUUUUCAGAAAAUAUGUCAAGGUUCCAGACAUCAAAAGAAAGAGCCGGCUGGGAAAUCUAUUUUCGCUGCCAAAAUUUGAAAAUCUGUCUUUGGAGCCUGAUGGACAAACAUUGCACGUCACAGAAUCAGAACCCUCAAUGGGAAUUGAGGGUAUUGAAAAGGGCACACAGAAAAGCAACCAAAAAUCUGCGCUUAAUGAACUGUGGCUUGGGAUGUUAGGAAAUUUUUCACAUCCCGACAUUAACCUUCUUCGAUUUUUGCGUGCAAGAAAAUGGUCGCUUGACGAGGCUUUCAAAAUGUUUGUAGAGUGCUUAUAUUGGCGAUGGUCCAAAGACGUUCUCUCUUUAAUGAGGCUAGGUGAGUCUUCAAUUCCGCUGCAUUUGAUGAAGAGUGGAAAAACCUUUUUCCACGGCACAGACAAGUCAGGCCAUUCACUCAUCUUUGUCCUUUCAAAAAUGCACGACAGGCGGUCCCAAUCAGAAGAGGAGAGUGAAAACUUUACAAUCUACCACAUGGAACUGGGAAGAAGAAUGCUCGGAGAAGGAAUGGAAAAGACAACUAUUGUCUUUGACUUGAAAGAUGCCGGUUAUAAUUCGCUGGACAUUUCUUCUAUUAGGCAUAUGAUUACGUGUUUUCAAAGCAACUAUCCAGAGAGCUUAUAUCGCUGUUAUGUUUUGAAUGCCCCGUGGCUGUUUUGGGCCCUUUGGAAGCUGGUUUCGCCGCUAUUGGAUCCCGUAGUUGCUGCCAAAAUCACCUUUGUCAAAAGGGUUGAAGAUUUGCUCAAUUAUGUCGAUGAGGCGAACAUACCAUCUGCUGUUUUGUCAAAAGCAAGGCCGUUGGACAAUGGAUUAGUAGUGGUGACGCCCAUAUUCUGUAAGUCUAUUGAAAAAACAGACAUUGAUGAAAACCAUUGGAAUGAGGCGCUUUUAGCGUCUCUCGAUGUUCUUAAGAAGAAAACUUUAAAUAUAGCUUCAAUCCUUAAAGACUGUUCCGAAGAGGAUUUUGAAGACAAAGUGGGGGGACUGAUAUCUCAAAGAAAGAUCACCCAGGAAGAGUAUAAAAAGUACGCUUCAGGCUCUUUAUUGGCUUCAUAUGCAGAGAACGUAUACGAACGGCACGGUAUUCUCGAUCACAGCGAUCCCACAUAUUUAAAUUGGAACAGAAGACUGUAUAGGUAG